AUCUGGUCAGCCCUGACAAUUCUCCCGCUGGCGCUACCUCGCGCUUCUCACUGGAAAUUCUACAUAGCAGUCCUUGAACUCGUCCCUCUCUUCUUCUACAUUUUGAAAGAGACGCAAUAUCCCCUCCGCUAUGGCUGGCCGACAGUCAGUCCGGCUCCUUGCCCGCCAGGUCACCUCGUCCCAAUGCUCCUCCUUCUCACACUCCCAACACCACGCUCGGAGAGCAUUCUCCUCCACUCCUUCCUCCCUCGCAGCCCAUAACUUCAUGAUGCCCGCCAUGUCCCCGACAAUGACCGAAGGCAACAUCUCAAGUUGGAAAGUCAAAGAGGGCGACUCCUUCGCUGCAGGGGACCUCCUCCUGGAAAUCGAGACCGACAAGGCUUCCAUGGACGUGGAAGCCCAGGACGAUGGUGUCGUGGCCAAGAUCCUGCAGGGUGACGGCUCCAAAUCAGUCAAAGUUGGCACGAGGAUAGCUGUCCUCGGUGAUCCGGGGGAUGACGUCUCGAGUCUAGAGAUUCCUCCCGACGACUCAAAGCCCGUGCAGUCGGAAGCAGAUAAUGUGAAAGGCGGAGCAGACUCGAAGUACGAGACGUCCGGAGUUGAAAAGGAGAUACCGGGCACACCGCAAAACCAGAGACCGGCCCAGGACAAACCGAAAACAAGUCCAACUGGGCCAGGCCAGAACCCCAAAUACCCGCUCUAUCCUUCAGUGAUAGCCCUCAUCCACGAAAACCAUAUCUCCGACGACGACGUCGCCAAAAUCCCGGCCACGGGGCCUAAUGGAAGACUGCUGAAAGGGGACGUCCUCGCAUAUUUGGGAACAAUUGACUCGGAUUACUCGGCCAAGCAAUCCAACCGAAUCGAACAUAUGGCGCACCUCGAUCUCAGCAACAUCAAGCUACUACCUACCGCCCCUAAGACGGCCGCAAAACCUGCCGGAGCUGCCGCAGCAGUGCCUGAAGCAAUCAUCCCACAAGUCACUAGCGUCAGCGUUACCAUCUCCCUCGCCGAAGUGCUGAAAGUGCAAAAACGCAUAAAGGACACCUUGGGUGUGACCGUGCCUCUAUCCACUUUCCUGGCCCGUGCCGUUGACCUCGCCAAUGAUGAUCUGCCUCAACCCAAAAAUGCGAAGCCAUCGGCCGACGACCUCUUCAAUGCGGUUCUCGGGUUGGACACGAUACCCACAACGUCUAGAGGCUUGUAUCUCCCCCAGAUCGACGCAUUUCCUAUUGUUCCGCCUAGCGCACCCCAGACGACGUCACUUGCACGCUCGCCUCGCGUUUCCACCUCGACGGCAAAGAAGAUUGACAUCAUCGACAUCUUGUCCGGCAAAGUCACCCCCAAGAGAGCGGCCCCCUUCUCCACGUCUUCAGCGCCGAUACCAGGCCGGACACUCAGCACGGCAGAAGGCGCAUUGAACGUGUUCAGUUUGACAGUCCCCGUGGGCGAAGAGAGGAGGGCACGCACGUUUCUGGAAAGGAUCAAGACGGUGUUGCAAGUCGAGCCAGGGAAGCUGGUGCUGUAAUCGCACACGCGUUCUUGGCCGGUGAAGUCUAAGCAAGGGGGCUCCCGUCAGGAAGGGCGAAUGUUCAAUGUAGUUUCAACCUGGAUCCAAUCUUUUGGGAAGAUGAUUUAUUGUCGGCGCGCCUCCUUUUGUCUGCAAGUGUAGCGACGGGGCGCCUUCGACGCAGAUAGAAAAGGGAACGUGAGCAAGUGCUUGAGUUCGGUCGGUACCUGGUAGGGAGGGGAAAAUACGAAGUCCUGGGAGCCUAUGUUAAUAUAAUAUUGUUAUACAUACACAAUGUAUACAUAAUUUGUAUCAACCCUUUGGGACUCUGCCAUAUCCUCACUAAGAGCCAGUUCUCCUUAGCACCUUGCACAUUG